CAAAUUAUAAAGUGGGUCAGUGAUUUCAGUAGUUGCAAUCUCCAUUAAAGAGAGAGAGAGAGAGAGAGAGAGAUGCCUUGCCUUGAUAUCUCUACCAACGUGUGCUUGGAUGGAGUUGACACUGAAGCUUUCUUCUCUGAAGCUACAAAAGUUGUUUCUUCAAUCUUUGGAAAACCAGAAAGUUUUGUGAUGAUCCUAUUAAAGGGCUCAGUGGCCAUAUCAUUUGGAGGAAACAAAGAACCAGCUGCAUUUGCAGAGAUAGUAUCCAUGGGAGGCAUCAACUCUGAAGUAAAAAAGAAGCUUAUCGUUGAAAUCGGCACAAUUUUACAGAAGAAGUUGUCGAUUGAACGAUCACGAUUCGUCCUCAAAGUCCACGAUACAACAGCGGGGCGUAAAAACUCCAAAAUGUGACCCACAAUUAGCUAUACAUCUGUUUAGAAUUACAUUGUGUUAUUAUACCCAGAUUUCAAAUUGUGAUUCCCAAAAUUUAGAUUGAAUUUGGAAAAUCUGUGAUGAUGAAUUUAAAAUAACAAUGUAAAAUAAUUAUUAAAAAAAAUCAUUGAUAAGGAUUUCUAGUUCCA